AUGUUAUUGGAUGCUAUGGUCGGACAAGAACAGAAUCAUAGCCCCAAAGUGGUCGAUCUCGCCAGUAUCAACGAAAUCCCGGGAGAUAUGCCUGCUCCAAAAGAUUCAAAGAAACAGACCGACCUGAACGGUCAAACGGGUGCCAAUGGUAGUAUCCCACCCCCUAAAACAGACAAGCCUCGGCCCCAUGUCUGCACUACCUGCGGUCGCUCAUUUGCGCGACUGGAGCACCUCAAGCGCCAUGAGCGAUCGCAUACCAAAGAGAAGCCUUUCGAGUGUCCAGACUGCGCACGAUGCUUCGCUCGGCGAGAUCUGCUCCUGCGACACCAGCAGAAGUUGCAUAUGACCACAACGCCGUCUUCUCGACCGAGAAACGGUCGUCGUGAGAGCACGGGCGCUGCACCCGGUGCGAGUCGCGUGCGCAAGAACUCCAUUGCCAAUAAUUCAUCCACUUCAAUGCGCCCCAGGGCCAACACCAUCAGCCACGUUGAUGGUGCAGCAUUGGGUAUCCCCGGUGCCGGUAACCCGUCAUCUGCGCCCACCCAAUCGGGUCACUCAUACCAUGCCAGCCUUAGCUCUUCAAUGGGAUCAACCAUGGAUUAUAGGGGAUUCAGUUCUGGACACCCUCCGAUGAACGGUCUCGCGAAGAUCGAGACAUCCGGGCUUCCCAUGGAUAUGUCCGGUGGUCUUCGGACUGCUCCUGUCUAUGGGACCUUUGAUACGGGUAUUGAUGGUAUGCUCAUGGGCCAUGGUAGCACCAUCAACCCAGCACAAUUACACUUCGCAGGUUCCCCGCAAGGCUUCAAUGAUUCGCCCUCGUCUCCUUUUGGCCACUAUCACAAUGGACUUCCACCCUCUGCCGAUCCCAUGAUGGACGACGACAUAAACUUUGACUGGAUGAAUGGAUUCGAUGCGGGACUCGCUAUGGGAAAUGGCAAUGACUCGGUUAUCGACGAGUCCUCGCCCUCAGCAAUGAGUACGGGCAGUCAGAGCGGAAUCAGCGAGGCCAUGCUGGAGGGCCCAAAUCGCAUUCCCAUCUCUAACGGCUGGCAUAACCCGUUCCCUUCACACCACGCGGCCAACCAAUUCGCGCUCGAUUUUUCUCCGACAACUUUGAAUGAUAUGGGGAUUCCCCCCGAGACUGUGUCGCCCAAGUCUCUAAUGGCCCAGAAUCCUUUUGCUGAGACGUAUGCCACACCUCCAUCUAUGACCUCGGUUGGCCAGCCCAUCAUGGGAGGACAUUCGCAGAGUAUGUUUUCAUCCUCUCUGGCAACAAACGGAGAAUCUCCUAAUCCUCUCAACGUUCCUUUCACGAAUAGUGCCCUUCGAAAUGAACAUUCCCUCUCAACGGAUACAUUUACAGACUCCACACGACAGGCUCUACUAGCGAGCAUGUCGACUCCCACUGGCCUCAAUCAUCGCAAGUAUUCCCAGCCCGCAAGUGGACUCCUCAAUAGUCGUGAGCUGUUCGCCCGCUCCACUGGCUUCAACAGCCCCGGUCAACUGCCCAGCACCUCGGACUUGCAACGCUACAUCUCGGCCUACAUCACCUACUUUCACCCCCAUCUCCCGUUCCUUCAUACCCCGACCCUUAACUUCCAAGCCCCCGAAUAUACCAGCAAUUUGCGCACGCCGAGCGGACACCUUAAUCUUAGCUCGACUGGCGUCGCUGGAGGCGGGGGCUGCUUGAUCCUCUCCAUGGCCGCCAUCGGUGCCCUCUACGAAUACGAAUCUACCGCCUCUAAGAAUCUAUUCGAAGCUGCGAAACGAAUGAUUCAAUUGUACCUUGAAGAGCGACGAAAAGCUGACAUGUCUGCUGCUCUCAAUCGUUCUCAUUCCUCGCGCGAUAACUCAGUCCACAAUACCCCGCUUUGGCUAGUACAAGCAAUGCUCUUGAAUGUGAUAUACGGCCAUAUUUGCGGUGACAAAACAUCCGCAGACAUUGCUAGCACCCAUUGUGCUGCUUUGGUUAGCCUGGCUCGCGCAGCCGAAUUGACACAACACCUGGAUCCUAAGAACCUGCCACAAGAUCAUCUUACUCCUGCAACCAACGGAGCUGAUACAUCCGAUGAUACGGAGAACUGGAUGUCUUCGUCAUUCAGUCAACCAAAAGAGCGAAGAGAUUGGUUGAACUGGAAGAUUGUAGAGGAACGGAAACGCACCCUCUACGCCAUUUUCGUUCUUUCCAGCUUUCUCGUCUCGGCUUACAACCAUGCUCCGGCACUCACAAACUCCGAAAUUCGUCUGGAUCUCCCCUGCGAAGAAGACCUCUGGGCGGCUGAAUCACCUCAGGUAUGGAAAAGGAUGGGCGGUCAAACGGCCACAAAGAAAACAUUGCCGUUUUCGGCUGCUUUGACUUCUCUUUUGACUGCCAGCCAACGAGAACAGAGUCAAUCGGCGAACCUGUUCUACAAUGCAGACGACCUGGCUAAUCCUGAAAACCGCCCAAGUACUUUUGGCUGCUUGGUACUUAUCUACUCCCUUCACAACUACAUCUGGGAAACCCGCCAAAGGCACAUGGGUCGGCAAUGGACCGCUCAGGAGACAGAUGCCAUGCAAUCACAUAUUGAGCCCGCUCUACGAGCCUGGCAAGCAGCAUGGGCCAGCAACCCUGUCCACAGCCUAGAGCGACCAAAUCCGUUCGGAGCUGGACCCUUGUCUGCAGACAGCAUUCCACUGCUCGAUUUGGCAUAUGUCCGUUUGUUUGUCAAUCUAGGACGAUGCAAAGAGGCGUUCUGGCAACGCGAUUGGAAUGGAGUGGCAGAUGAGCUUGCACGGGGUACAGAGGUUUUCCAGCACCCUGAUGCUUCGAUCAACGAUGUUGUUGACCCAUCUCUCACUGGACAUCUCGAUACUAGACGAGACUCGAUCGCCGACCUAGGUGUCUCAGAUCUAGCAAUCUCCAGGACACCCACGCAGGACGAGCCUAUGCAGACUCUAUCCAACAUCUACAAGACUGGCCAAUCGAGGCGCGAAAAGCACUUGCGUAAAGCCGCUUUCUACGCUGCAGACUCCAUCUCGAUGUCUGAUCAUCUUGGCAACACAUAUGCCGAGUUUUCGUCGCGAGAGCUGCCUCUCCAAUGCGCCAUGUGCGCUCUCGAUUGUGCACAGGUACUUGCGGAGUGGAUCACAACUGUUCAGGAACGUGUGGGCCCCUACCUUGGUAUUCUGGGCCGCGAUGACACCGACUUGACUCAAGUACCAGGAGUCAUGCUGCUCGAAGAUGAAGAUUGCAAGCUCGUGGAUAAGAUUAAGGAGAUACUGGCAAGUAUUGAAACAAAGAUGCAGCGCCACGUGCAAAAUAGCACUUCCAUGUCCGCGCUGAGUGCCAUGCAACGGCUGCCCAGUGCAGUGGAAGGCGGAUACGGAUGUAAAAUAUUGAUUGCGACAGCCAGUCUCUUGGAGAGAGCUGCUGUCUGGCCAGUGACGAAAUUGAUGGCCCGCUCUCUCGAAGCUCAAGCCAUGCGAAUGAAGGAGCGUACUGAGCACUCCGUUUUGAUGACCAUUUAA